UUUGAGACUUUGCCACCAGGGGCUUUUCCAAGCCAUCCCCAGUCCCUGUGGCAGGAGCCCCGCAGGCCAUUGUGUCACACUUGGCCGCCAGGGGUUUUUCCCAGGUUUCUCUCCCGCAGGUGCCCUCAAGACCAGACUGUGCCAUGGCGGGGGGAUGCUUCGGCCUGUGCCGGCUGCUCCGGGGGAAGAGGAAGAACAGGAGAGGCCCUGGAGCUGGCCCAGCACAGGAACCGGAGGAGGAGGUGCAGCACUUCCAGCCACUGCAGCAGGAUCCAGGCCGGGACCGCCCAGAAGAGCAGGACCGCGCCCGUGGCCGCUUGCGCAGGGCAGUUCAGAGGUUGCUGAAAUUCAUGGGUGUUCGGCGCAGAAGAGCCACGACCGCACCGCCCAAGCUCACGGCACAGCCUGACACCAGCGCAGCCGAGCUCGAGGCGGAGCCUGAUGGCAGCACUGCACCGAGUGACUGUGCAGCAUAUCAUGACAUGGCACCCAUGGAUGGCACAGCAACCUCGGAUGUGGCAACAGCUGAUGGCACAGACACCACCAACAUGGCAGCCAUUGAUUGCACAGCCAACUGUGACAUGGCAACUCUUAAUGGCACUGACACUUCUGACAUGGCACCGACUGACAGUAGAGAAAUCUGUGACAUGGCACUGAUGGAUGGCACAGCCACCUGUGACACUGCACCGACUGACACCGAGACAAGAUCUGACACGGCACCAACUGAUAUCAGGGCGAAGGCCGACACCACAAGUGAGGGCAUCACAAACACUGACUGCACGCCCAUGCACAGUGUGACUGAUGUUCCCAGUCUGGGUGUUUUGGAGGAGAAAACCAUCUCCAAUCCAAAUGAAGUGCCAGCCAUUGUCAGAUCCAUCCACCAGUGGCUCAUGUGCCAGGAGUCUCCAGAGGUCAGGCCGCCCAUUGCCAUCUGCAGGCUGGCCCACGCACACCCUGGGCACGUGGUGACAACUCUCCUGCACUGUGCCCCAGCGUGUGACAGAGCUGCUGCAAUCCUGUGGAGGACCAUCGCCUCCUCGGCCACCACAGCGCACAAGGUGCUGCCAACGCUGCUCGGGGUGAUGGAGGACUGGCCACUGCACAGCGUGUCCACCUCCAACGGGGACCACGUGGACGUCUUUGCCCUGGCUGCAACCCUGGCCCUGUGGCUGAUGGUCCAGGAGCCCCAGUGCCAAGAUGCACUCUUGGUUUAUGCCCCUCUUCUCCUCCUGGCUCUGCUCUGCCAAGCUUCUAUGAGCACAGAGCAGAUGCCAGAGGAGGUCAGCACCUUCUGGAGGGGAUGCCAGGAGCAACACGGCCUUCCCACCCACCCCAACAGCUUUGUGGUCCAGACCAUCCGGGUCCUGCUCUGCCGGCUGCAGCGGGACCAGGUGCUGGUGUCAGUGGAGCGCAAGCGUGGCUGGGACGCGCUCCUCUCUGCUGACACCCACCACUACGCGGUGGGGCUGCUGGCCAGGGAGAUGCGCCGCGUGUUGGGCCCCUCCUAUGGCCUGCUGGCAAGGCACCUGCUGGGGCUGCUCAGCAGGGAGGGGCCCCGCUGGGAGCUGCCUGCCCUGGCCUUCCUUGUCGAGGUGAGCCCGAUGGCCAGCGCUGCCUGGCCCCGCUGCCUCCCCCUCUCUGCCCUCUGGCAGCCGCAGCUGCCCGGGACGGUGCCUGCGCCCUGUGCUGCUGCCUGGGCCCAGCCCUGGACGGCUCCGCGCUCCUGCCGCCCGCACACCCCGGCACUGCUCUCUGCCUUCCAGGUCCUCGACUGUCUGGAUGUGAGCACCUGUCACCACAGUGUCCUGCAGAUGCUGGCAAGGCACCUGCAGAGCCAGUGCCCAGAGAGGCGGCGCCUGGCUCUGCGAGGGCUCCUGGUGCUCAGUGGGGAUUCCUCAAUGGCCAAAGGCAUCUGCAGCCUGUCUGAGCACCUCCUGGAGCUGCUGCGGGAUGGAGAUGGAGAACUGGUCGCCAUGACCCUCUCCACGUUCCUGAAUGUGCUCCAGGAUGAGGAAGACAGGGAGGGACUCAGCUCCACUGCCCCGAGGCUGGCUGAGGCGCUCCGGCCAGUCUUUGACAACGACAACAGCCACGUGCAGCUGCUCUCCAUUCGCCUCUUCCGAGAGGUGAUGGACUUGCUGGCGGAAGAGGGAACAGAGCCCUGGGAGAUGCAGGUGCGCCAGAGCCUGGUCCCACUGUUCUUCCGCUGGCACGACGAGAACCAGCGCGUGGCAGAGGCCGCUCGGGAAGCGCUGCUCUGGGCUGCAAGCUUCCUCAAGAGGAAGGACCUGGAGCAGCUGCUGAAGAUAGGGCAGCCCUUCAGGUUCCGUGACUACCUGGUAAGGAUGAGUGCAAAGGCCCAGCCCCAGAUGGAAAAGGAUGUGAGCCGAAGGGGCGAGCACCUGCACCAGGCCCUGCCCUACCUGCAGAGCCCACAGGAGCCCCUGCGAGAGGCGGCCGUCAGGUUCAUGGGGGUGGCCGGCUGGCACAUGAGGGAGCGGCAGCAAGACCUGUGGCCCAUCCUCAAGGGCCUUACAGCCAUGAGCGAGGACGACUGCCCCUCCGUCUCCAACAUCAGAGCUGCACUCGUGGCCACUUACAGCCGUGCCAUGAGAACUCCACCUGCUCCGCUGAGAGAACUGAUGUCCUGGCAACAGCCCCGCAACAGCCCAGGGACCACUUCUCAGCGGGGCUGCAGCUCCAGCUGAUGCUGGGCCCAACUGAGCCAGCCCACAAGGCCAGGCAGCUCCUGGCCUCUGCAGCCCCAUGGACGGCUCCCUCCCUUCCAUUCCCUUCUCCUGACCCCACUUCAUCCCUCUCCUUGCCCUCACAAUAAUAAACAUUCGUUUUCUCCCCCUUA